AUGUUCACGUGGACCCCGCACUCCCCUGCUUUGCUCAACGGAUUUCUACAACGGUCAGAGUCAUGUGAUUGUAACGUAAAACCCCCAACCGGAAAACACCGACAGACCCUCUCCGCUCCGCCGCCACUAACGAGCAGCAGCCGCGGAGCACGGAGCCCGCUCUCCCGAACAAGGUCGAAAAUGGAGUUGGCCAACCAUGGUCUUAUCCUGCUGCAGCAGCUCAACGCACAGAGGGAGUUUGGCUUCCUGUGUGACUGCACUGUGGCCAUAGGAGAUGUGUUUUUCAAAGCCCACAAGGCAGUGCUGGCUGCUUUCUCUAACUACUUCAGGAUGCUCUUCAUUCACCAGGACAGUGACUGUGUGCGUCUAAAAGCUGCCGAUAUCCAGCCGGACAUAUUCAGCUACCUCCUGAACCUGAUGUACACGGGCAAACUGGCGCCGCAGCUGAUCGACCCCUCGCGGCUGGAGCAGGGGGUCAGAUUCCUGCAUGCCUAUCCACUCCUACAAGAGGCAAGCCAGAUGUAUUCAGACCAGAGUGUCAACCUCUCCACCUCCCUUUAUGGCAUUCAGAUCUCUGACCAGCAGGGAGUGCUGUCAUCUCAACAACAAGGCUCCCCAUCUUUUGAAAUAGAGCAGCCCAACACUGAAGGGAAGUCCACACAAGGGGCAUCUGCUGCAUUCCCGAGCUCGUUUCCUUCUAAGUUUGUUUUGUCUCCUGCAGAGGCAGAGGCCUCUGUCAACAAACCAGGUGUGGCAUCGGAGGAGGGAAGACAUGACUUUAUUAAUUCAGAGGCUUCCUCUACUAUCCUCCAUGUAAAGCCUAGUAUUAUGAAGAGAAAUGCCUCAUUUAGGAAGCAUUACUCGUGUCAUUUAUGCAGAAGUCGAUUCAAUCAGAGGAGUCUGCUGAGGGAGCACCUGCUGCAGCACACCCAGACUCUCCACCAGCCCAGCUCUGAAGUGUGUUCUGCUCAGUCUCCAAACACAACGCAGGACUGCGCCAUGGAGACUGAGGGGGCUAAAGCGACUGCCGCUCCUGCAGCAGUGGAGGUCAUCAGUGACAGUGAACAAACACCUGUUUCAGGUACUAACUCAGACUCUCCACGGGCUGAAGUCUCCACAUCCAGCUGGGGACUGGGAGGGAUGACUUCUCAGGCAGACACCCCACCUCCAUCGGACAUUGCAGAUAUUGACAACCUGGAGAGUGUGGACAUUGACCGAGAAGUGAAACGAAGGAAAUACGAGUGCUCCACAUGUGGACGCAAGUUCAUUCAGAAGAGCCACUGGCGUGAGCACAUGUACAUCCACACAGGAAAACCCUUCAAAUGCAGCGCUUGUGGAAAGAGCUUCUGUCGUGCUAAUCAGGCAGCACGCCAUGUGUGCUUGAAUCAAGGCGCAGAUAGCUACACUAUAGUGGACCGCCAAAGUAUGGAACUGUGUGGAGGUGAUGACCCAAGCCAAAUGGAAGUUAUGUUUCUAGCAUCAUCAAAGCCCUACAAAUGUAAUAUUUGUGCAACCACCUUCUCCAAUCCCACUGAGGUUGUCAAACACCUGUGCUUUGCUCAAGGAGGGCUAGAGGGGCUGCAGGAGCACGAUGAGAGGGGAGCUGACCUGCAACACGACGAGGUCUCCAAAGAUGAAGGCUCUGACUUGUCCAACUCUGGCACUCUAGAAGCCAUAAAGACUGAGGACAUCCUCUUGGAGUAG